GAGCCCGCAAGCCAGAGGCCUUGCCCCGGCCGGGCGGGCCCUGGGGCAGCGGCGGGGCGGCUGGGGCGGGCCCGGCGGGACUCCGUCCGCCGGAGCUGGGGGUGGCCCCGAGCCUCCGGAGCCGUGGCGGGGGGCGCGUCUGCUCGGUGGAAGAUAAGUGCUCUUCUGCAAUUUCUCCAGGACUGUUUCCACUAGUAGAAUUUCAUCAGAUCCCUUACUUCGAAUUGGCAUUUCAAAUGUACUCAUGAGAUGCUAGCAAAAAUGAAUAAUAAAAUAAGUUAUUUGUUAAAUACUGUUAGAUGCAUACAUAGGUGCAAUUCUGUGCUCGCUCCCAAAUCUUCAGCCACAACAAGAAAACACACUUUAUGGUUAAGUAUUUUUCCUUCUCUGCAUGGAUCAUCUCUUCGAUUUGUAUCUCAAAAGACAGAUGUUUUUAGCACAGGUGCUAAAAUACAGCCAGAGAAAAGUACGGAGGUUUUGGUGAGUCAGCAGGCUCCCCAGUGCUCCUUGGAACUUGAAAAGCUGGAUGAUUCUGGGAGCUUCAAAGUGAAGCAUGUAAUGGAUCAUAGCGAACAGUUUUUUAAUAGUCUCCGGAAAUGUACCUGUCCUUGUGAUGCACUGGACUUGGCUUCAGAGUCUGCUGUUUCCACUAAGCACUUUACAAGCUGUUUAACUACGGUAUGGAGGCUCUUUAAAAACCUGUCCGAAGACCAGCAGCGUUAUGAAAAGCAGCUGAUCUUUGAGCACCCAGCAUUUGUCAAGCUUUGUCAGCAGCUGCUGCGGGACUCCAGAAGGAUGACACGGGGCGAUCUGGUGUUCAGUCUGCAUGCCAUGGUGAACCUCGGUGUUCCUCAGAACACUCUCCUAGUCCAGACUUUGCUGAGAGUGUGCCAAGAGAAGCUCAAUCAACUUGAUAACCGAUGUAUCUCAGUUUUGGCAACUGCUUUAGCAGGGCUGGAUAAAGACAAGAAUGUGAGCGCUCUUCAAGCUGGAUUACAAUUGCUAGUGGAGCAGCGCAUUCCGAGUAUCAGAGACAUCUUUAUACUGCAAAACCUGAUGAAAUGCAUGGGAAAAGAUGCUCCAGUCUUCCUGAAAAAGAAAUUAGAGAUGGCAGUUUUGAAAGAGAGAGACCAUCUGACUUCCCCGAAUGCUCUGCGUGUGUUUUUGGCUCUUGUUGCAAUGAAUUAUUGUUCCAUUCCAAUCCUGAAUGCCUGCAGUAAAAAGAUCCAGGAGAAUGUCCAUGAUAUUCCGUUUUGGCAGUUAAUUCUCAUUCUGGAAGGUUGCAGCAGUCUCCAGUACCGUAAUGUAAAACUGUUCUCAGCAUUAGCAGACUAUGUUACUUCUGCUGCCUGCCUUUGGGACAAAAGACAGAUUAUCCUUCUUCUUUCUGCCUUUGAGACACUUGGCUUUCAGCCUAGUGAACUGAUGGGUAUUUUUGCGGAGAAGGUGACAGAAGAUCCUGAAUUUCUCAACUUGAAAAACCUUUUGAUUGUUCUUCGAGUGUAUUCACGACUCAACUAUGUUCCCAGAAGCCAAAAGCAUCUGUUUUUUGAGACUCUUCAUAGCUGCUUGAAUAAAUACCUCCCUCAGAUUUCCAACACAGAACUGCUGAAGGCAGUGUAUUCACUUUGCAUCUUGGGAUAUCUUCCUCAUCGUGCACUUGAUGAGCUGCUGCAAAAGGACAACAGGGGUGAACUUAUACUGUCAGAUGAUCUUUACAAAGAACAAAAGGAAGUGAUGCUUCGCUGUGUGAAAGCAUGUAUGGAACUUGAUAGCCCUUCCUUCACAAAGCCUGCAUUUGUGCUGACUGAUAAUUUCCCCUCAUUGGUAUCUUUUAAUCUCAGAAAGGCUCGGGAGGCACUGAUAGAACUUCUGGGAGAUGAGAACAUGUUUCAGCAAAAUGUUCACCUGCCAUAUAAAUAUCAUAUUGAUUUUGAAAUCAGAAUGGAUUCAGACAGAAAGAAAGUGCUCCCAAUAGCUGCAACAGAUGAUCAUGCUGACUCAAGUGUUCAAAGAUUGGCUUUUCUCUUUGUUCCUCUGUCUGCCUUCUGUGUGGGCACAACGCACCCCCAAGGGAAGCUGGCAGUGAAGAAGCGACAUCUAAAUAGACUGGGCUAUCAUGUGAUUCUGGUCUUGAACAAGAAGUUUCAGGAAAUGACAAAUGAAGAUGCAGUUGAGUUUUUGAAAGGAAAAAUUUAUUCAGAAGAUGCUUUCCCUUUUUCUGAAGUGACUGUGCAGGACAAUAAUUAAAAUAAACUAACAACUUUGGA